AGCUCACUGCAGUGAAGGCGACUGUCUUGUUCCAGCAAGUCGUAGCCCAAAUACCAAGCCACUGGCUCACCAUAAUUGUAAUUCCAUUACUGUUCUAAAGACGGACCUAGAAUGACCAACCAGCACUCGGAUACUAAGCUCUCCCGAUCUUCUGCCGGCGUCGAUCAUUACGCCGUAAACCAGGGUGUACCAACCGAUCAUGAAGAUCAUUCAGUGGAUGUCGUUCCUCUCACAAGCCAUUCCAUUAUGGAAGAACCUCUGAGUAUCAAGGAAAAAGAAAUUAAUUCAAUCCCAGUUACAGCGAUGGUGCUUGGCUUGGGCGCUGCUGUGUGCUUUCUCUUGUUGGUCGUAUACAUAGUCGUGAAAGUUCAUUUUUGCAAAAAGGAAACGCCAAAAGCCAACAAAAGCUCGAAAGUUAGUCACAUCGCUCUAAAAAAUCCUCCUUCAACUAUCUCACCUGUACAUCCGAUCGAUACGUUUAACAAGAACUGGUAUGCAGAUGAACAAGUUCCAGAUCAAAUGCAAUCAGAACCAAAUUUCUCUCGAGUUCACUCAAUAGACUUCUGCCAUAAGUCUUCUGAACCACCAUUGACUGACAGUGCAUCGAAAGCUCGCUUGACGGCUGCCAAAUUUCUACCGAGGAAUUAACCAACACAAGUUUUAGUCCGUGGAAAUGCGCCAAUGUUUUAAUUAUAUUUCGGUAAAUGUCAACGGACAAUGGUUAAUAGAUUUCUUAAUCGUGGUCCGCUUGUAAAAGAAACCUGUACAGAAAUGGCAUAGAAUCGUGAGUCUCUGCAUCUUUUAUUGAAGACUUUUUUUUUACUGUCCCCUUACUAAUUGGCUCAUUCGCGCAAAAAAUUCUAUUCCUCAUCCCUUUUCUGUCUACAUAAGCCAUUAAAAAAAAUAGACAAAGUCUCGUUAAUAAAAGAGGAGGAAAAGACGUAAAGUAGGUAUAGUGGAUGCAGAGAAAAAAAAGUCUGGUGAAGGCUACUGCAACUCACGGCUCUUUUUUGUUAAAAUGUUGCUUUUACAAUUUGGAUAGCCUAUAUAUUUAUCGGAUGCUAUCGAUCAAAAUCCAUUUUAUGGUAUGGACCAAGUGUAAAGAUAAACAUAGUUGAUGCCCGCACGUUACGUAAGAGAAAUACAUUUUUAAGUCGGAGACGUUUUUAUUGUAGAGUCCCACUUUGAAGUUUGAUUGCAGUUUUGCUUUGACUGCACAAACUAUCAUUUGGGGAAUGUAUAGAACAGUGAGCACCAACGCUUUUUCUCUUUUGUAAUCCACCUUCCACUCGCUUUCCGUGUAUUUCCUGUUUUCAUUUUCCUAUUGCAAUUUUAUCAAAUACUUCCUCUACCCCAAUAGUUGAUUGAUUUGUAGCCUAUGUCGCACG